AUGAGCCAGAGCUUUGAAGAGCCAAAGGCUGGACCAUCCAAGCUGUGGAUGGCAUGGUUAUAUCGCGAUCUUAGCGGAGAACCGAAAUGGACCAAAGCAAGAGUCAGCAAAUUAUUUGGCCCUGAUCCCAAGGUUGGACGUAUGGAAGUGUUUCCGAAUACGUCGGCAUACAAUGAGGAAUUGUGGCAUAUAAAACAUCUCAUCGAGCUGAAGCCGAUGACAUUUCCGAAUGGAGAGCCUACUGCUGAUGACAUUUAUGGUGUCAAGGUGCAUCCAGACGGCCGAUGCGAAGUAGCCAAGGAUGCCACUCCAUUGAGUGAGGAACAGCUGAGACUGAUGGAUCCGAGCAAA